CUCAAUCCGUCUUUCCGUCACUUGCUCAGAUGUCUCUCAUCACUUCUGUUCGCGUAUAAUAUCCUGCCUUGAGUUUGUAUGUGUCUGUUACUGAGUAGAAAAGUGCAUACCUCUGUCUGCCCUCGAAGCGUCACAAUAUCAUCAUCGAGGGAUUUGGUCCCCUUGUGCAAGCACGGAGCCCAUCUCUACUCUAAUCCAUUUAAGAAACUUGCUAUCAUGAAUUCCUAUCCUAAGCGUCCAUCAUUUGUUUACCUCCUAUAUACUCAGCUUAUACACUAUCUGUUCAUUCUAUGCGUCAUUCCUGGCAGCAAUGCCGCUAAACAGCAACCCUUGAGCUCGUUCGGAGAGAUAGCUCCCAAGAAAGUCGCGGUCAUCGGAGCUGGAGCUGCAGGAUCAUCAGCUGCAUAUUCUCUCCGCAAGUACGCUGAUGCCCAACAUGUCCCCGUUAACAUCACUGUGUUCGAGCGCUCUUCGUAUGUUGGAGGCCGCUCCACCACGGUCAAUGUCUUCGACCACCCAGCCUACCCGAUUGAACUGGGGGCCUCGAUCUUUGUCAGCGUCAACUACAAUCUGGUGAAUGCAACCAGAGACCUGGGCCUAAACGCCCGGAGCGCCAGCUAUGAGCGACCCCGCGAGACCGACGACACCAUUGGCAUCUGGGACGGGGACCAGAUGGUGUUCGUGUUCAAAGACACCUCUGGCUGGUGGAACCUUGCCAAAUUGCUUUGGCGAUAUGGAUUGGCACCAGUCAACGCCUACCGACUGAUGAAGUCGACCGUCAACAAGUUCCUGCAACUCUACGACGGGCCCAUGUUCCCGUUCCGGUCCCUCACCCAAGCCACCGAGGCCGUUGGGCUCCUGAACACCGUCGCCGUGCCCGGGUUGGAGUUCCUGCGACUCAACCGCAUCUCCGAUCUCUUCUCCCGCGAGAUCGUCCAAGCCAGCACGCGCGUCAACUACGGACAGAACCUAGGCCUCAUCCACGGCCUCGAGACGAUGGUCUGCCUCGCCACCGACGGCGCCAUGGCCAUUGAAGGCGGCAACUGGCAGAUCUUCGACGGCAUGCUCAAGGCCGCCGGGGCCGACGUGCGUGUGAAUCACACCGUCACAUCCAUCAACUGGGACGCCCAAGGCCCGCAACACCGUCCCACUAGCCUCACAUUCAAGGCCAGCAGCACCUCUUCUUCAGCUCAGACCGAAGGAGAAGAAUUCGAUGAAAUCGUCAUCGCCGCCCCUUUCCAGUUCACCGACAUCACCACCACCCCACCCCUCCAGAGCACUCCCGACGAUGUCCCCUUCGUAAAACUACACGUAACUCUCUUCUCCUCCCCGCACCGCCUCUCGCCGGCCCACUUCAACCUCCCCGGCCCCAACACGCCCGAAACCAUCCUCACCACCCUCCCCCACGACCUCGAUCCUACCGUAGGCAAAGCCGAAAAGGGCGUCGGCCCCGCCGACUUCUGGAGCAUUAGUACCCUCCGCACCGUGGUUCCUCCUCCUUCGGAAUCCGAAGACGACCAACCACAGCGGCCGCAAGAGCACUACGUCUAUAAGAUCUUCUCCCCCGAACGCCCUACUGCCACCUUCCUCUGCUCGAUUCUCGGGCUCGCGAAUUCCCCAGAAACUGCCACCGCCUCGUCCAUCGAAGAUCUCCCAAGCAAGGACAUCAGUUGGUUCCAUGAAAAGGUCUGGCGGCCUUAUCCGUUCGUCUAUCCGCGAGUGACCUUCGAGGAAAUCGCGCUGGCGCCCCACGUAUGGUAUACCGGAGGCAUUGAGAAUUUCAUCUCGACGAUGGAGACGAGUGCGUUGAUGGGGAAGAAUGUGGCGGCUUUGGUGGUGAAGGAGUGGGAGGAACAGAGGGAGAAGGCCGAGGCGGCUGUGGGAUCAAUGGGGUUCAGCCAAUUUGAAGAUGGGAAGGUUGAGCUGUGAGGUGUAGACAUGACUUGGAGAAUAGGUCAAAAGAAAGAGCACAGAUUGGCGGAUGGCAUGAGAAGGACCCCCAAGGCACUAAAUUACUGGAACUACGUAUAAACUACCCGAUAGAGCGCUACUGCCACUGCUACGAUAUGAAAAC